CAUCCCGCGCAGCCCUGGGGCACUGAGCCCCUGCUUGCGCGCUUGCUUUGCACAGGCAGCACUGGGCACGAGUGCCAGCCGCGCAGGCCCGUGGCAUGGGCAGCUAGCUGUUCCUGGACUUCUAAGGGGUGCAGAGCGAGGAAGCUGAACCGGUGUUCUCUGAGCACGAAGGGCCUUCAAGUGGGCUUGACACCGCGACUGCGGUGCCCAGCCACGCCGCAGUGACCACCUAAAUCCUAGCGAGCCACGAUCCGGGUUCCUUGCCUUGCAGAUUCGGCUUUCUUAGGGGCAAGAAAGAUAAAACCUUAUGAUUGCUGAACUGUGGCAAGGGAGUGGACCCUGGGCACCAGACAGAGGGCAUGGCUCUAGUUACAAGAGGAGGUGCUUGGACCAGCUCUGGUUGUGGAUGUGCCAUGAAGGAUGAAGAGGUAUCUUCUGGACCUGGAAUUUCUGCAAGAGUGGCGCAUGUUAGCACUCCUAAGGCUGGUUCAUCCAUACAAACAACUUACUCUUGUGACAUCUGUGGGCCCAUCUUGAAAGAUAUUUUGUAUGGAGAUGAACGCCAGGGCACCAAGUACAGACUUAGAACUUACUCAUGCGGAGCAUGUGGGAGAAAAUUCUGGUUCAGUGCAAACUUUCACAAGAAUGUGAAGCGUCACUGUGUAGAGAAAUCCUCACAAAGAGAUGAAGGUAAGCAGUCACUGGUGAAGAAUUUCAGAGUUUGUGCAGAACCUCACUCAUCAGAGAAGUCCUUUGCCUGUGAGGUAGAGCAGAACCUCAAGCCCAGUGUGAAUAGUCACCUCCACAAGGUCACCCAUAGGAAGAGGAAGACGGCGAAGAACACUGAGAAUGGGGACGGCUUUCUUGUUGGACAAAUGCAUUAUAAGUGUAGUGAAUGUGGGAAAGGUUUCAACCGCAAAGAUACCCUUGUACAACACCAGAGAAUCCAUAGUGGAGAAAAGCCGUAUGAGUGCAGUGAGUGUGGAAAAGCCUUCAGCCGCAAAGCCACACUUCUCCAGCACCACAGAAUCCAUACUGGAGAAAGGCCCUAUGAGUGUGGUGAGUGUGGGAAAGCUUUCAGUCGAAAAGACAACCUUACUCAGCACAAGAGAGUCCACACUGGAGAAAUGCCUUAUAAGUGCAGUGAAUGUGGGAAACAUUUUAGCCAUCACUCCAACUUAGUAGUACACCAGAGAGUUCACAGUGGAUCAAGGCCUUACAAGUGCAGCAAGUGUGAGAAAGUGUUCAGACAUAAGUCUACACUUGUUCAGCAUGAGAGCGUCCACACUGGAGAAAAUCCUUAUGAUUGUAGCGACUGUGGGAAAUCUUUUGGACACAGAUACACCCUCAUUAAACAUCAGAGAAUUCACACUGAGACCAAACCCUUUGAGUGCAGUGAUUGUGAUGGGAACAGGACCUGAGGAGACAAAUAAUCCAGUGCAGUCCACCCUGGCCCCACCUGAAACAAUAGAGGAAUUGGAGAAAUGAGAAAGAGUGCUGCUUUCUCGGUGAAAUUGAUAUCAGCACAAGGUUGAAGGAGAUCGACACUAAAGAUACUCAAAACCUAACAAAUCAGAAAUCUAGAGGCUCCUAAAUGCCCAUCACUGAAGUAGACUUAAAAUGCACCCAGCAUGGCUCGGGAAAUUUUACAGAAGAGGGAGUGGAAUGAUUGUUAGGCCACAAGUUGCGACAUUAUGCACAGAGACAUUGCAUCUCUCCCAUAACUAGCUGCUGCCCUCAGUGUGUGACCCACAGUCCCCAUGGGGUUGACCUGCAUUCCCAAUGAGGAAGGCCUGUUUGGAAAAGGGGCACAUGUGAAGGAAAGGAUGGUACCAACAUGUGUUGUUUACUUACUAAAUAUGUGCAUAUCUAAUAAAAAUGAAUUGGGAAAAAUACUUUGGGAGGCUAUAGAGAUUGUUCAGUGGUUAUGGUGCUUACCUCUAAACCAUAGUUACCCUGGCUUGAUCCCUGGUUCCCACCUAAAGCCAGAGGCACAGACUGGCAUGCACAUGUAGAAGUUGACGGCUAUGGCUCUUUCUCUUUCACUUGCCCUUUUUCUCCUCUGUAUCUCUCUGCUUGUAGAAAGAAUAAUAAAAUAAAAUAAAAUAAAAACUGUAAAACAAACAAAA